AAAGCCGGCUUCCUCAAAUUCCCUGAAUUUGUUUGUGUCACGCGACAGUAUUUGAAACUGUUUUCGAGUUCAAAUCUUAUCACCUGUGCCUCGUUAUCAACGAUAGGAAUCGUUAUCCUCCCGGUAAUCUACAUCAGGGACACUGUGAUCAGUUUGGACAUCCUUGUGACAUUUUUUCGUUGAGUGUGUUCUGUGAUCUUUACAACGUUCAACGCAAAAAGAGGAAUUUACAAGUGACAUCUAAGUGAGGACGCUUGGUUGGAAGAUUGAAAUGUUAGGCAGCGAUGUCAGGUGUCAAUAAUGAUUGCAAAGUGUUUUAAGAGAGUUGUCAAAACGAUUGCUUCAGAGAUGAAUAUAGAUGACAGGCUGACUUCCGCUCACGUGGGAGAAUCUCAUUAUAGGAUAGUGCUAGCUUCUUUCGAAGGCUUUUAUACUUGUUUGAAGUGCAUCAUCGAAGAGAAGAGCUUUGACUUUUAGGAUCUUGACUUGUAUGUGCGAGUUUGUUAGUUCUUGUGUGUUACGAUUUUAAUCUGGUGCUUCAAGAAUAUAUUAGAGAAACUAAGGAGAUUGUUUCUUGAUGAGUGCCGAGUGUUGUUUCUUAGGAAAAUACCUAUAAAAGGGAACACUCUCUUUUGAUAGUCUCGCUGCUAUCCGACGGCCGGUUACUGCUCCAAUUUACGAAACUUCUUACAUUAAGAAACCUCGAUAUAUUAAUAUCUAGCUGAUGGUAUUCAGUGACAUCUUGAGAUAGUAACAUCUGUUAAUCGAGACACCUGCACUAAUUUCUCUAUUAGUAAAACUAUAAAGUAUACACCAAAAUUUCUGCUACGAGAAAAAUGUAUCGGACGUUGUGAAACGAAACUCGAGACAACAGUUUCUUACCGACGGGAUUUUGGUGAAGUGUCCCAUCAAUGAGAAUACGAAAGGUCCUGAAAAAAGCAUCUCCGUAAGGGAGACAAAAGAUCUCAAGUUGAUUCCCAACAUGGUUCUGGAACCAGGAGGUGGUUUGUCCUUUCCGCCGCCUCCUGGUGGCGGAUCUGCCGCCUCCGGAGGUUCACUUCUGGCACCCGCGAGGUUAUUCCAGAGGGCGACACCGGUUUUUCCGUUUCACCUCGCAGGAUGGCCACCUCAUCACCAGGUCCUUGGACAGGUGCAAAGUCAAGUCCAGCAGACGAUGCAGGCACAGCAUCAAGCUGCGGCUGCUGCUGUCAGAUUCCUGAGCCAUCAUCAUCCCCAUCAUCCCCAUCCAGCACUCGGAAAUCAUCCCCUUGUACCAAACAUUGGUUCUCAUCAUCCAGGAGCUCAUCAUCUACAUCAUGGAGGCGAUCACGGGGACGAUGAUGAUGAUAAGAAAGGAUGCGAUGGAGAGUCCGACGAGGGUGGAAGCAAGCGCAGGAGAAGCAGGACUAACUUUAAUAGUUGGCAAUUGGAGGAACUGGAACGAGCCUUCCUCUCGAGCCAUUAUCCCGAUGUAUUUAUGCGAGAAGCACUGGCUGUGAGACUCGAGUUGAAGGAAAGCCGCGUUGCUGUGUGGUUUCAAAAUCGCAGAGCGAAAUGGAGAAAAAAGGAGCACACGAAAAAGGGACCUGGAAGACCUGCCCACAACGCACAUCCCCAAAGUUGUAGCGGAGAACCAAUUCCGCCUGAAGAACUAAGAAGAAAAGAACGUGAAAGGCGACAGAAAAAAAUUCUGAAAGCCCUGGAACGUCAGCAACGAAAAUUAGCUGCCAAGGGAAUCUCAGUCGACCUCUCGACCUUGCGGGCUGAGUGGGAACAGCGGAGUGCAGCGGCCUCCGGUGGCAACUCAUUGAGCAGCUCUUUUGGUCAGUUAAGCAACAACAACGAGAGCAGCAGUGUUUCCGGGUCCGGAAAUGAUGCAAAUGAAGAGAUUGACGUAGUUGGAGGUCUUGACUCCUGUAGUGAAAGUGGAAGUGAAAGAAUGGAUUCAGCAGCCGACGGGUCUAUUGAUGGGGAAUGUUUCCCCCGACUGCUCGAUCAAAAACCAUCAAAUUUUUCUACAAACCAUCUCCAAAACCCCAAUUCGGGACUCAAUUUGAACCUAGAUCUGAAUCAUCAGCAGGGAAUUAAUCAUUGGGGUCUGAGCCUCUUGGAACGAAGGAGGGAGCUAGUUAGUUUGGGCAAUUCGGCAAUGAGGACAACUAACAACAAUCGAUUGAUCUCACAACAAACUGAUAGAGUUCUGCAUGAUGAUGAAGUGCAGAGCAGCAGUAUCGACCUGUCGAUUAAAGGCAGGGAGGAAAGGAGGAGACUGAAUCCGUUCUCGAUAGACAGCCUCCUAGGAAAUAAUCGAUGUAGUACUCCUAGUGUGAAACAGGAUAGGUCCUCCACACCCGCUCUCUCCAAUGGCAGAGAAUCCACAACUCCCACUUCACCCACCUCCCCUAUUUCCCUCCCAACUUCACUCUCAACUACGUAGUCUCAAGGUUUGAGGAGGGUUGCCGAGUUAGGGUUUGCUUUAGUAGGGAUCUUGAGGAAUUGGGAUUUUAAUUAGGAUUUAUAAAAUUUGUAUGAGUAUGGUGAGAAAGCUAACGAAGAAAUAUUAAUUGAAAAUGUAAUUAUUGCCAGUUUAUUAUCAGUUGAUUAAAAAAAAAUUGGUUAGAUACUGUUCCUUGAUGGAGAUGGUUAUCCACUCAGGGAUGGAUCCUUCGAAAAUUUAAAACGGAUCAGGAAGAAUUUCUUUAUUAAUGAUGUCCUAAGUGUAGAUACAAAAUUAGGAGCAGAUCUAUCAUAAUUCAACAUUCCUUCCGAAUUAAUAAAACAAUUUAUGUUGGAAAGUGGAUCUUACCUUGUUUAAGGUUGCAUUCUCUUUCCUUCAAAAUGAUUUUCUAUAUACCGUCGGGUUUAGUCCUAAAUAUUAAGCAUGGUCCCUAAUUAGAAAUCUUUUCUAAUCAAGUGGUAAGUUCUUGAUCACGCAUUCAUCCCCAAAUUUAUAUGAAAGAAUUCUAAAUUCAUUUUUAAUAUGUAGAAAGAUACAUCCUUGAUAAAUUGAAAGUGGAUCCAUAUUCAUUAAUCUUUAUUUCGAGAUGGGUCUUUAGUUUUGAAUAGAUCCAACCUGGCUUUAUUAAAUUUCGAAAGAAUAUUAACUUAGAACAAUCAUCUGAUGUUACUCAAAACCCAGCCAUGAUUUAGCCCAUGCUUAAUUUGGACGAAACCCAAAAUAAAAAAUCCGCAAAAGAAUCAGGAUUCCUUCUAAAGGGAAAUAGUAGGUGACCCUAGAACAUAUAUCCUUACCCACAUAUCUUUUCCGUACCUAGCGAAAGUCCCAUUUCCGUUCCAGUUUGAGAGGCAAAUGUGCAAUAAGAAUAUUAGAAGAUAUCCUCAAACAGUGGCCAGUCCGUCUUUGCAAAAACGACUUGUUGUUCUUGUGAACUAGCGUCGUUAAUUCAUUGAAAUAAGAGGGGCCUGCCAUGGAACCGGAAAGCGAGGAAUGUAUUUAUUGUAAAUAGCCGAUGCAGUAAUUUAAUUGACGUAGUAUUUACGAAAAGUCUACUGUUCGACGAUUGCAAUUUAUUAUUAAAAGCAAUAGUGGGUUCGCCCGAAAGUGUGUAAAUAUGAGUGUGUAGGUAGGCAACUGGCUUCUGAGAGAAUGAAUGUCCUCCCAAGCCUGGAGAUAGAGAUGCCAUAAAACUGAG